AUGGAGAGCGCAGCAGCAGCAGAUGACUUUUUCUCCUCAGUAGAUGAGAAUGCUGGCAAGAUAGUCGAACACAUAUUCUCAAUGAGGUUCGAGCUCCAGAUCACCCGACUUGGAGUUUGGACUAAGGAUGGUAGAGUCGAGAAGACGAUGGGGUAUUCAAAGGCGAAAUCAACACCAAGGAGGAAGCCUCGCCAUGUACUUGGAGUGCAGGUUUUAGAGCGGAGGAUAGAAGAAUGCUUGAUUGCGACGUUGAGGAGUGUUUCUGAACACAAGAUAACCAUCACUAUUGGCAUUAAUUAG